UAAGCGCUGCCCGGCGACCGGUGCCACCGAUUGUCGAGUUACCCGUCAGACUGAGUCGUUGUCCGGCCGCGUCGCGCCGUGCACGUCGAGAACCCUUUUCUGUGAUACUCACCUCUUCCCUCGUGCUACCAGCGCCAUGCAGGGAUACACCGUCCUGGCGGCCGCGGCCCUCAUCGCCAUGGCCUCGUUGGCCCAGGCGGACAAGAAAAAGGAGCUGAUGCCUCGAUACCUCAAAUACACUCUUGAGUGCGCCAAGGAGCUCAACGCCGAAGUGGGUGUUUGCAAAGAAAUGAUGAAAGAGGGCAACGACAACUCAGCUGAUAAGUACCAGCCCUGCAAGUGCGUGAUCGCCUGCGUCGCGAAGAAGGCCAAAGUUAUGACCGACGCCGGCGAGGCGAACGUGGAAGCCUUCACCGCGGCCGUCGAUGAGUUCGAAAUCAAGGAGUGGUCCGACGAGUGGCAGCGGGUCAAGCCGCUGUGCGAGCCCGAGGUCAAGGGCAAGAAGGACUGCGUCCUCGGCUACGACUUCUUCACUUGCGGCUACGACAAGUCCGAGAUCUUCCGCGACGUCAUAAAGAAGUUCAUGGGCGCGAUGGACAAGAGCUAAGCGACACGAGACUGCACACACCGAGCUGAGAAGGGGCGACGAUUGCGGGACGACGAGAACGACGGGGGCCAUAACCAAAACCUAACAAUUGACUUGUAAUUUAUUCCUUACACUACUGUAAUAAUAAUAAUAAGACCGUUAGCUUCUUGAA